AGCAUCAAGUCUUUCACUCGUCACUUUCAGGUCGCAGACUUAAAAGCAGAACUGGCAAAAGCAGGUAAACCUUCUGGCUUCGCCAAGCUCGACAGCAAUGGCCGCCUGUCCCACAACCUUCUUAACGCAGGUUAUGAUGAGUACUCUGCCCACGACUUGGCGUGGCAGUCUCUCCACAUGGCGGCUGCUGCUGCCUGCAGAGGUAGCUCUGCUUCAGGAGGAACUGGUUGCUGCGGAAACACGGUGAUGGCAAGAAACACCGCUGACAGGAAGAGUUGUGCUCAGAUUUGCGCCCAGACUGCUUACCGCAACUGUGACGCAGAGGUUUCAAUCUACGGCAAGAAAGGCAAGGCCACAAAGAACGGAAUGGUCGUGGGCGAGUUUUACAAUUACGGCUGUAACCAAGCAGGCAGUGGAGGAAAUGAGGUGUCGAGUUCUGACGAUUCUAUCAGAACCAUUGGUUACUACAGUUUCUGUUGCUGUCGAAAGUAG